AAUUUUAAAAGACAAACAAUAUAAAUUGUUUUUGGAAAAGAUGUUCUCCUGAAAUGUUUUAGUGAGCUGAGGAACCUCUAAUUUAGUCCUUUCUUUGCCUUCACAGAUUCAUUUUCUUUUGGCUGUUGACUGUUACUGUGCUGAUGGAAAACAGCAGUGCAGGUAUGUCACUUCUGAUGAACCACUUUAGAGUUAUUGACAUACACCAAGAGGCAUUCAAAUGUCUUCUUCAAGGAACCAGGUUUCAUUGGGAGAAACCCACCUGGGUUUUAAAGCUUUAAAAACGGGUUCCUCGAAAAAUCUGUAAUUGACUGGGAUGCUCAGUAACACACCCAAUGUCUGCACAAAUCUUAGACAACAGGUUUAAGAAUGGUCUUGCUCCAGUUAAUUGAGGAAUAUAAAAUUUUGUGUAAUGAGUGCUAUGCCUUUUUCUCAUCCUUUUCCCAGUUGAUCCAAAGGAAUGUGAAGCAGUAGGCAGCAAAUGUAGCUCUGAGGCUGAUUGCAUAAAGAUCCAAAGCAGCUUCAUCUGUGUGUGCAAGAUGGGUUACCAGGGUGAUGGCGUGCAGUGCGACGAUAUGGAUGAAUGUGCCAGUCAACUCGACAAAUGUGGCUCGAAGGCCAGCUGCAUCAACACCCUAGGCAGCUUCAACUGCAUUUGCCUCGAUGGAUACACAGGGGACGGAAAGGACUGCCAGGAUAUUAACGAAUGCCUCAAGGAUAAUGGGGGUUGUCACCCUGAUGCCAUCUGUACUAAUUUUGAAGGAGGACGAAGGUGUGAGUGCAAAAGUGGAUUUCAGGGCGAUGGCUUCCAGUGUACAGAUAAUGAUGAAUGCUCAAGACAAAGCAUUUGCCACUGGAAUGCGACCUGCAACAACAAUCCAGGGUCUUAUGUAUGCAACUGCAAUGCUGGUUUCAAGGGCAAUGGAAACUACCUUUGUAUGGACGUUGAUGAAUGCUCAGAAAAUCCCAGCGUGUGUUCUUCCCUGCCGGGCUCAACAGGCUGCGUUAACUUGCCUGGCACCUACCGCUGCUCAUGCAGGAGUGGCUAUGAAACUAGCGGACAGAGUUGUGUUGAUGUCGAUGAGUGUGCAAGAAAUAUCUGCAGCCCAUUUGCGAAAUGUGAAAACAGCCUUGGCUCAUACAAGUGCACAUGCAAUAGUGGAUUUGUGGGUAAUGGCCUGGUAUGUGUAGACAUCAAUGAAUGCAAUCAACGCAAUGAAUGUGACCCAAAAGCUAUUUGCAUCAAUCGAAUGGGAAGUUAUGAGUGCGCUUGUCGGGAAGGUUUUGUUGGAGAAGGACGAAAGUGCGACGACAUUAACGAGUGUGCUCAACCAAACAUCUGCCCCUCUGUUACUACUUGUGUCAACACUGAUGGGUCCUAUUAUUGUGACUGUGGCAAGGGCUACAACUUCAGUGGCACUAAUUGCAUUGACAUUAACGAGUGUGAGGCAAAAAUCUGUAGUUCUAAUGCAAAUUGCACAAAUUCUCCUGGGUCCUAUACUUGCCAGUGCUUAAAAGGCUUCUUAGGAAAUGGCUCAGUCUGUGAGGAUGUAGAUGAAUGCUCAACACCUUCACUGUGCCAUUUCAAUUCCAUUUGCACUAACCUACCUGGCUCUUACAGCUGUCCUUGUAAAGUGGGUUAUACUGGAAAUGGGAUGUCUCAGUGCAAUGAUAUAAACGAGUGUUUAGUAGAAAAUGGAGGUUGCAGCAACAAAGCAACAUGUGUCAACAGUCAGGGUUCAUUCAUCUGCCAGUGCCCUCUAGGCUUUCUUUUGAUUAACAAGACCCUUUGCCAGGACAUAAAUGAGUGUGAGACCAGGAAUAAUCCAUGUGGUGUGAAUGAAGAAUGCAAAAACACAGAUGGUUCAUACAAUUGCCCUUGCCAGGUGGGGUACUAUCGCCCUGCUAGCAACAUGGCUUGUGUUGAUAUGGAUGAAUGUAAAAACAAACCCUGCCAUCCCAACGCCACAUGCCUCAACACCAUUGGUUCAUAUUCUUGCACAUGUAAGCGAGAGUUCACAGGAAAUGGCAGCUACUGCAUGGAUAUAGAUGAAUGUAAAAUAAGCAACAUAUGCCACUCAAGAGCUUUAUGCACCAACCUAAUUGGAGGCUUCAUCUGCUCUUGUCAGUUUGGAUUUACCGGUGAUGGCUUCACAUGUCAGGAUGUGGAUGAAUGUUCCCUCUCCAACACCACCUGCCCUUCUUUUUCAAAAUGCAUAAAUUCUCCUGGUUCAUUUGUUUGCUCAUGUUUAAAUGGAACCAUAGCCUUAAAUAAUAGCUGUGAGCCUCCACCUCAACUGUGUAAUCCUGCUUGUGAUACCAAGGGUUUGUGCCAUGGUUCAGCUUCUGGAUAUCAGUGUGUCUGUGACCUGGGCUUCAACGGUAAUGGAUUGACUUGCUCUGACAUAGAUGAAUGCCAGAUGGAUAAUAUUUGUCCACAAAAUGACACCAAGUGCACAAACCUCCCAGGGUCAUUUUCCUGUGACUGCAAGACAGGCUACACUCUCAAUGGAUCACACUGCAUUGAUGUGAAUGAGUGUGACACUGGACAGCAACAGUGCAGCAAAUAUGCCCAGUGUGUAAAUACUCGAGGCAGUUAUUCCUGCUUCUGCCUAAGUGGUUUCACGGGGGAUGGAAAAAAUUGCACAGACUUUGAUGAGUGCCAAGUCCAAAAUGGAGGCUGCCAUCCAGUUGCCAUCUGCACUAACACGCCUGGAUCUUUCUCCUGUGCUUGCCCACAUGGCACGGAAGGCAAUGGUUAUGACUGCCAGGAUGUGAAUGAAUGCAAUCAGAACUCUACCCUGCGAAACAACUGCAGCUCUCUGGCUCUAUGCGUCAACACUAAUGGGUCCUAUUUCUGCCAGUGCAAAGAUGGAUACCAAGGGGAUGGCUUUGUUUGUGAUGAUGUCAAUGAAUGCGAGCUGUCCACGGCUUGUGAAAGGAACAUGACCUGCAACAACAUUCCUGGUUCCUACAACUGUUCUUGUGUCAUAGGGAGAGUUUAUGAAAAGGGCACAUGUGUGGACGAAGACACCUGCAUGAAUUCAAGUACCAACUGUCACCCACUUGCUGAAUGUUUGGUUUUCCACGGUUCCUACUUCUGUCAAUGUCCGAAAGGCUAUGAAGGAAAUGGCACGGACUGCUGGGAUGUAAAUGAAUGUGACCAAUCCCAGGGUCAUGCCUGUCCUUCCUUUUCCCACUGCUUCAACACAAAUGGCUCUUAUAUCUGCACCUGUUGGGAAGGUUUUCAAAGCAAUGGGACACUCUGUGAAGACAUAGAUGAAUGCACAAACAGGAGCUUCAUCUGCCCUGACAACAGUACCUGUCGAAACCUAGAGGGGAGCUACAACUGUUUGUGUGACCAAGGGUUCUCAGAGAAUGGCUCACUGUGUUUGGACAUUAAUGAGUGCUUUCUGGGUCUAAUCCAAUGUCCUAAUUUUUCCAACUGCAUUAACAAAAUUGGAUAUUCUAUUUGUGAGUGCUGGGAAGGUUACCAAGCCAGUGGCACUGUAUGUAGUGAUAUCAAUGAAUGUACUUACAACACCACCUGCCCUGAGAAAAGCACAUGUGUAAACACAAAUGGCAGCUACCAGUGUCUUUGUGAUAUAGGAUUUGCGAGCACUGGUGACUUGUGUUUGGACAUUGAUGAAUGUAUUGAUAAACAACAGGAAGAGCUUUGCAACAAUGGGUCAUGUUUAAAUGUAGCAGGCUCAUACUAUUGCAAAUGUUUUGAAGGGUUCAGGAGUAAUGGGACAGAGUGUGUGGACAUAGAUGAAUGCCUGGAUUCCUCUAACUCUUCAGUGUGCCAACCCAAUUCAGUAUGUUUCAACACCAUAGGCUCUUUUCAUUGCUUCUGCAGUGAAGGCUUUAGACGGCAUGGUAGCGAGUGUCAGGAUGAGAACGAGUGUCAGGUUGGUAGUCCAUGCCCAAAGCACUCAUUGUGUCACAACACAGAGGGGUCUUUCCGGUGUGUAUGUGAUCCUGGUUAUGAACUUGUUAGCUCUGGCUGUGAGGAUAUAAAUGAAUGUAAGAACGACACCACUUGCCGCAGUGAUCAAGUCUGCACAAACUUGCCAGGAGAGUACAAUUGCUCUUGUCAAUUAGGGUUUCAUGAAGAAAAUGAGGCAUGUGUGGAUGUCAAUGAAUGUGGGAAUUCAUCUUGCAGCCCAUUGGCAUACUGCUGGAACACCCCUGGUUCCUUUUCAUGUCACUGUCGUCUGGGGUUUGCUGGAAAUGGUUCCUCCUGCGAAGAUGUGAAUGAAUGUGUUGCUCUGACCAACCCAUGCCACCUCGCCGCUGAAUGUCAAAACACCCCAGGGUCAUUUGUGUGUGUAUGCAAACCAGGCUUCAUAAGUGUCGGGCCACUGUGCACAGACAUGGACGAAUGCCAGCAAGCAAAUGGACGGUGCCACUCUGCUGCAACCUGCAUCAACAAUGUAGGGGACUUCAAAUGCUUGUGUAAUCAUGGCUGGAUUCCCACCAAAGACAAUGGUCGUGGGAAAGAUGGAUGUGUGGAUUUGGAUGAAUGUACUUUAUUCUCACCAUGUCCUGGAAUGUCAGUCUGUACAAACCUACCAGGGUCCUAUUCCUGUUCCUGUCCAAAAAACAGCAUGGAGUGCAGAGUCUUGUCUAAGGAUGGUUGGUUGUUCAUUUAUUAUUCACAAAGCAGAAUGUUAAGAGUGUGUCCUUUUCUUUCAGUCUUUCUUUCCUCUAUCUGUUUAGCCUAUUAUAAAGAUUAAAGAGUUUGAAACAGGAUAUAUGAGCAGCACCGUGGGGUAGUGGU